AACGAGUUGCUAGAAAUAACAACAUGGAAGUUGCAACUAAAAUGCCGCCAUUUGUAUUGUUUUGUCAUUGAAUUGAUUGUUAUUUUUUAUAACAAUUGUUCGUAAUUUAAUUAAAUAAUAUAAACAAAACUCUCUAAAACGUGACCACAACAGUUUUUAGAAUUAAAGGUUAAAAUAAAAUCAAGAUGAAACGUGAGGCGUAUGGAGAUGACGGCCCGAUGCAGAAACGUCACCGGCAUACUGAUGAGGAAAUCACCUUCCUUAUACCGAGUAAGGUGGCGGGCUCAAUAAUUGGGAAAGGGGGAUCAAACAUAUCAAAGCUCAGAAGUCAGUUUAAAGCCUCUAUAACAGUCCCCGAUUGCCUCGGCCCCGAACGCGUUCUGACAAUAACUGCGGCGGAUAUGGAGCUCAUUAUGGAUAUCGUGAAGGAGAUCUUGCCGAAUUUGGCUGAUAAUCAAAGAGGGAAUAGCGAUGAACUCGAUAUUCGUCUGCUCAUUCACCAGAGUCGAGCUGGGUGUGUGAUCGGCAAAGCUGGUUCUAAAAUAAAGGAGUUACGUGAGAAAACUGGUGCACGUCUGAAGAUAUUCUCUAGUCCAGCGCCACAGAGCACAGAGCGUGUUGUACAACUUGUUGGGAGUGGAGAAGCCAUCGCGGCUGGCAUCCGUGAAGUGCUUGAACUUAUACGACAGGUCCCCAUUCGAGGUGCUGUACAGAACUACGAUCCUCAUAAUUAUGAUGAUUUCUAUGCGGAAGAAUACGGAGGUUUCGGAAAUGGACAGGAUAAUGGUCGAGGGCCCCCAAGCCGAGGGCCGCCUUCGCGUGGCCCCCGCAUGCCUCCUGGUAACAGAGGGCCCCCGCCCCGUGGGCCCCCAAUGUCCCGAAACGGACCUCCGCAGAGACCCUUCAAUGACGGGUCAGGGCCUCGUGGAAAUUUCGGGCCGCCGCGGGGAAAUUUCAGUGGCGGAAGUGGCUUUAACAGAGGAAGUCCUAACUUUGGCAAUAACAAUAGCCAACAAGAGACCACCACACAAGUCACAAUACCUAAAGAUUUGGCCGGAGCGAUAAUCGGCAAGGCGGGUUCGCGUAUACGUAAAAUACGUGCGGACAGUGGCGCCUCCAUCGAGAUAGCGGAGCCGUUGCCUGGCGCCUCUGACCGCGUUAUCACUAUCAGUGGUACACCGCAUCGCAUUCAGAUCGCGCAGUACUUACUGCAACAGAGUGUCCAUGAAAGCAACCCAUCUCUGGGAGGCCGCGGUGGGAACUAUUGAUUUCAAAAUGGUGCCUUAAGUGGCAACUCUGAGGCUCAUUGUGUACCUAUUUUAAAUAAUUUACAUAGAUCAUAGAUUCUUCAUUGUGUGAAGUCUUAUAAUAUUGCUACGGGUUGUAAUGUUCUUAUAAAUUUUUAUAAUGUUGAGCAAUUAUCACAAUUUUUUAAAUACUGUGUCAACAAGCAAAAGAUUGAUUUAUAAUUCUAGCAAUAACAUCAGUUGUUAGUAAUAUAGAUGUGUAAUAAAUUU